GGGGCGCAGGGCGUACGGCGGCGACUAGUCAGAGGAGGAAGAACAUGGCGGGCGCGGCGGGGCCUGGGGCCGGUCCGGGCGCAGCGGGCGGAGAUGGAGAUGAUUCGCUCUAUCCGAUCGCGGUUUUAAUCGACGAGCUCCGCAAUGAGGAUGUGCAGCUCCGGCUCAACAGUAUUAAGAAGUUAUCGACUAUUGCUCUAGCCCUCGGGGUGGAAAGGACUAGAACUGAACUGCUGCCUUUCCUUACAGAUACAAUUUAUGACGAAGAUGAGGUGCUGUUGGCUCUUGCUGAGCAGCUGGGAAAUUUCACUGGUUUGGUCGGAGGUCCUGACUUUGCCCACUGUCUGCUGCCUCCUUUGGAAAGCUUGGCUACUGUGGAGGAGACUGUCGUUCGAGACAAGGCUGUGGAGUCCCUGAGGCAGAUAUCUCAGGAGCAUACGCCUGUUGCUCUCGAAGCUCAUUUUGUACCUCUGGUGAAACGCCUGGCAAGUGGGGAUUGGUUCACCUCUCGCACAUCUGCGUGUGGUUUGUUCAGCGUUUGCUAUCCCAGAGCUUCAAAUGCUGUCAAGGCAGAAAUUCGACAGCACUUCCGUUCCCUGUGCUCAGAUGACACACCAAUGGUGCGACGUGCUGCUGCUUCCAAAUUGGGUGAAUUUGCAAAAGUUUUGGAAUUAGACAGUGUGAAAACUGAAAUUGUUCCAUUGUUCACGAAUCUAGCUUCAGAUGAACAGGAUUCUGUGCGCCUGCUAGCUGUGGAAGCUUGUGUCAGUAUUGCCCAGUUACUGUCUCAGGAUGACCUUGAGGCCUUGGUAAUGCCUACACUUCGGCAAGCAGCAGAAGAUAAAUCUUGGCGGGUUCGCUAUAUGGUAGCUGACAAAUUUUCAGAGCUCCAGAAAGCAGUGGGACCUAAAAUCACGCUCAACGACCUCAUCCCCGCCUUCCAGAGCCUCCUUAAAGACUGCGAAGCUGAAGUCCGUGCAGCUGCUGCCCACAAAGUAAAAGAACUUUGUGAGAACCUACCCACUGAAGGUAGAGAGACCAUAAUUAUGAAUCAAAUCCUGCCCUAUGUAAAGGAAUUAGUGUCUGAUACCAAUCAGCAUGUGAAAUCAGCUCUAGCUUCUGUAAUUAUGGGACUAUCGACAAUUUUGGGCAAAGAGAAUACCAUUGAACAUCUUCUGCCUCUCUUUUUAGCUCAGUUAAAGGAUGAGUGUCCGGAAGUUCGUUUGAAUAUCAUCUCCAAUUUGGAUUGUGUAAAUGAGGUGAUUGGAAUCCGUCAACUCUCUCAGUCUCUUCUUCCUGCCAUAGUGGAACUGGCUGAAGAUGCCAAGUGGAGGGUCCGCCUGGCUAUCAUUGAGUAUAUGCCGCUGCUGGCGGGCCAGCUGGGUGUGGAGUUUUUUGAUGAAAAGCUGAACUCUUUGUGUAUGGCCUGGCUUGUGGACCAUGUAUAUGCCAUCCGGGAAGCUGCCACCAACAACCUCAUGAAGUUAGUGCAGAAAUUUGGUACAGAGUGGGCCCAGAAUACCAUCGUCCCUAAAGUGUUAGUAAUGGCGAAUGAUCCUAAUUACCUGCAUAGAAUGACCACUUUAUUCUGCAUUAAUGCCCUGUCUGAAGCCUGUGGUCAGGAAAUAACCACUAAGCAAAUGCUGCCCAUCGUGUUGAAAAUGGCAGGAGACCAAGUGGCCAAUGUCCGCUUCAAUGUGGCCAAGUCACUACAGAAAAUUGGACCAAUUCUAGAUACCAAUGCCUUGCAGGGGGAAGUGAGACCAGUGCUGCAGAAGCUGGGUCAGGACGAAGACAUGGAUGUCAAGUAUUUCGCCCAGGAAGCCAUAAGUGUUCUUGCGUUGGCAUAAAAGAGGAACAGGAGGGAAAAGCCUUUACUAAAUUCUUAUCACAGAUCUCUAGUCAAUGUGUUCUUACACUGGGUGGAGAAACAUGGAAACCUUCAAGAUCUCAUCCAAGCAAAUGGCAACAACUUAGAAGAAAUCAGAUUUCAGUGACUUGAUCCUUUGUAAACAUGAACUGAGAAUGGUUUUCUUGUCUCUGUCGGGAUAACUUUAAAGCCUUCUGCUGACCAGGCACUGGUACCCCUCGCACAGUCCCCCCUCAAUGUCUCCCAGUGCUUUUUCCUGCACCAUUGAGGCUCCUGCCUCCUCCUUUUUGAGUCAGGCCCCAGCCACUUAAGAUUCCUGACAGAGCCUGGAUGGAUUUGGACCCCGACAAAGUGGAGUGAUUCUCUUAUAUUUACACGUCUCUGUGCUUCUAGCAUUCCAAUGUUCAAAGUAAAUGGUUUAGAAUAACUUACUUAUAAUUGUCCUCUUGGGAGAUGAUACUGAGACUUGACUGUAGUGAAAGCCACUUUCUGGUGACAAUGGUUCACAUCAGUGACUCACACGAAAGGAGAUGUGGAAGGUUAAUGUAUUGGUUGGUCUGGUUUUCAUUUGCUCAGUUUCGGCUGUAAUCAUGUCAUGCAGAAGCCUGAAGUGGGUUUAUCUUGCUGCUAAUGUGUGAUGUUGAAAGGUAUCAAUUUCAAUUUCAACAGCUCAGCAUUGUGACUGCCUUCAAAACUCAUAAGGAACUUUAGUGCCUCCUACUACACUAUGGUUCUACUGUUUCAUUGUGAAGUUUUAUGUUUCAAGUAAGCGUAGAAACCACUGGUCCCUGGUUCUGCUUCCAGCGAUGUUAGUUAGCAUCUUGCCGUUGCUACACUGUGCAGUAUCAAACUGAAGUUUUGCUGCUCAGUGUCAGUGAUGCUGGAACAUUUUUUUUACUUUUGCACUAAAAACUUCAUUAAUUUAUCCUGAAAUUUAAGGUAGUAAGUAGGUAAAGCUGAAGGGUUUGCUGAAGCAAAUUGUUUAUGGAAGGCUACUUGACACUGUUUAGGAAGCACCCGCUUAUCAGUGGGCAUGCUGAUUGCCCAUCACCCUGUCCCGUUAGAACGCCCUCCUUCCGUGAGCAGCUCUGACAGGGUCCCACCCUUUCUGGUGACUCUUCUGGAUUAUUUACGUGUCUCUCACCGAACAGACUCCUUGUUUCCAGUGGACUCAGUCAAUGGGGUUCGUCUGCAGCCUGGUUUUCUCAGUGUGCCUCACCAUGUAGUUUGCUGUUUCCAUUUUAGUUUCUGAAUUGUUGAUUUUACUUACAAACUCUUUUAGAUAUAAUAAGCCCUGCUCUGUUUUGUGAAGGCCCAAAGAUACCUACAAAACUUUGUACAUUAAACAUAAGUUACAGAAAACCAAGUUUGUGUAAAUGCUUUUAUCAUACCUUAGAAAAACAGAACAGAAAAUUUCUCUCAGAGAUUGUGUGCCUUUAUUUUAAACUGCUGGAUUACUUUGUAGUAAGUUUCCAUUUUAUGUGUUCUAGGGUGAAGGUAUGAAUAUUUUCCUAAGCAAAAAGAUUCUCAUUUUAGUGCCUUAAAUUACUGUGCUGUAAACAUAGUUUCUUUUUGGCAUCACCUGCAGGCUAUAUUCCUUUUUAUUGAGUUUUAUGUUUGGAAGAUUAUUGUCUUGAUUUUGGUUGGAAAUGCCACAUGCUACACUCACUUGGGAAUAAACUUGGAAAGCAUCCCUGUCUUGCUACCUCCAGCCUUGUGCAUUUACCUUUCUGCCAAAGAUUACUGAACGUUAAAGGGGGGGGGGGGGCAGUGAACCCUUGUCUUCUCAAAUAAAGGUCAUAUAGCAUACAGGGCCUGUUUUUGGGUGGCCAUUACAGGCUUCACUAUUCUUUCUGAUGUACACAGUGAACUUCCUUGUGGUGCAUAGCAGCUGCUCUUCAGCUUCAACCUGGCCAUUUUCUUCACAUACUACUGUUUAUACUUGAUUUCUUCACAAGCUCCUUGAUGCUGGUUUGGUCUGUUUUGUGUUGUACUGCUGCCUAGACCAGUGUCUGGUGUGUAUUGUUGGUGCUAUUAAAAUCCUGUUCACUGAGUGA